UUUUACUUUCUUGUUUUUGGUUUUCUCUGUCGUUGUUACUUUACUUGGGUCAAACCUUUCCCCUUUCACACUUUCAGACUCGUCUCUCCACCAUUUUAAUAUGUGAACCGCUCAUACUCCACCUUCUAGAGAUCUUCGCUGAUUAGCAAAGAUCUCUCAGAUCUCAUCACCAAUUUCCAUAGGCUUUGCGUAGGAUCUUAGUAAGGACUAAGCUAGGAGGAGACUCUUUUUUGGAUUCAGAUCCAAUUUCCCGAGAAAUUCCCCCUUAACUUUUCUCUCUGAUUCCAUCGUCUACCCAUCAGAGUUUCAGACCUUCUAAUUCCUGCCGUCAUGGGUUUUCGCUCAAUUCCUAGAACAUUUGCGUAUGCUCUCCCCCUCAUUGUGCUACUCAUCUUUACCGUUUCUGCUCAGGAGUCUGGGGUUGAAGCUGAGAGGGGAGACUCUAGUGGAUCCAGAGAUCUCGGCCGUCGUAGCAAGAUUAAUUUGGGCUUUCUUGAAGUUAAUGCUCUUGGACGCAAGAACGAGGUUGAUGCAGUUGCUCUUGGUCUCAAUGUGGACUCCGGUCUUGGAAUUUUCGAUGCCUUUAUAGCAAGCUUGUCAAUGAUACUAGUCAGUGAGAUCGGAGAUGAAACAUUUAUAAUAGCAGCUCUUAUGGCAAUGCGUCACCCCAGGUCAAUUGUCCUAUCUGGUGCACUCACCGCCUUGGUUAUAAUGACGGUACUUUCCACUGGACUUGGUAGGAUUGUGCCGAACUUGAUAUCAAGGAAGCAUACAAAUAGUGCAGCUACAGUUCUUUAUUUAUUUUUUGGGCUGCGUUUACUUUACAUUGCUUGGAGAUCAGAUCCAAAAUCGUCCCAGAAGAAAGAAAUGGAAGAAGUAGAAGAGAAACUUGAGUCUGGACAGGGGAAAACAACCUUCCGCCGUUUCUUUUCCAGAUUUUGUACACCAAUCUUUUUGGAGUCAUUCAUUCUAACGUUUUUAGCUGAGUGGGGAGAUCGUAGCCAAAUAGCGACAAUUGCUCUGGCAACCCACAAGAAUGCACUCGGAGUUGCGGUAGGUGCGACACUAGGGCACACCAUCUGCACGUCUGUGGCUGUGGUGGGAGGGAGCAUGCUGGCAUCCAAAAUCUCCCAACGCACUGUUGCUACGGUUGGAGGCUUGCUCUUUCUAUGCUUCUCCAUAUCAUCAUAUUUUUAUCCUCCUCUAUAAGAGUGAACUGUAUGAUACUCUAGGCUAACCUGAUUCUUUAAGAGCUUUCAAAUGCUCUAUACAUUUUGUUUUUGCGUUUUCUGCUUCCUUUUUCUUUCUUUUUUUCUUCGUCUUGGGAUUCCUUCACAUAGUAGAGUAUGAUACUCGGUUAUAACAGAUCAUUCUUAUUCGUUUGUAAUAUGUUAGUA